CUACUUAUUGCCAGGUGUGUCUGUGUUCUACUCUUAAUCAGUUGUUUGUAGAGCAAGUCAGGUUAAUCUUGUGUCCUGGUGUUCAUCAGUUCAAAUAUGGCAGCGGCUUCGUUGGAAAAUGGAUCACAUGUUUGUCAUACGGCCACAAGGCACCUUGGGCCACGCCACCCAGUCCCUCAGCUACCCCCUGGCAGGCGAUACCCAGUUCACGGUCCCCAGGGACCUGGGCCCUAUCCGACCGACCAUCCUCCUGUUCACCAUCCUCGACCCUACUUCUACGUGCAGCCAAUACAGCCCCCUCCUCCCCUCUACCACUACCAGUGGCCCAUGCCUAUCCCCUUCAACCCCUACUCUGGAUACCCAGGCCUGGGUUUCGGUAUGCCGGGUAUGGUUAUGCCACCGUUCCCUCCACACCCAUACACAGAGGUCCCAGGGUAUGUUCUUCCUCAUGCUGCGCUGCACCCUACAGAAUACAGACAAUAUCAGUUCCCUCCUGCUGCCGUGAUCUACCAGAACAAUAGUAGGUCCAGAAUGUUUUACCAGACCGCCACACCCAGGGAGACGGCAAACUCCGAGGUACAGACUGAAACACCCCCUGAAGCGAAGGAUCGUCCCUCUUCAAAUAGCCUGUUGGCCGGCUCUGAUUCUGGAAGAGGCACAGACUGCGCCACACCAUCCUCGCCGAGUUCGUAUGCAGAAAAACUGAGCCGCCCGGUAGGAGAAUCUAAUUCUCCAGUUCCCUCUCAAACUGGGUCACAGGGGUUGGUGAGAGGUCUGGGUGCUGACACACACACACCUGCAGGUACAGAGGCCAUCAACUCCUGUAGGAAGUCUACCAAGGUCCUGGGGAGAACGGGCAAUGAUGGCCAUCUAGUUCGUCGCCAUGUGUGGUCAGUCUGCUCUGCCGAAGGUAUGGUCCCCAUGUGUAGCUCUUCUGACCAGGAGGAUGACGUCUCCGAGAGGCAUGUGUCGUCCUCUACGGAUGUCAUUAUAGGUGGAGGGACUCCAUGCGAAAUGGAAAGGGCACCAAAAUGUGGCCAGACCCGUACCCAUGAAGAAAUGCAGGAACAUGCCACAGUGGUACCACCUGAAAGCAGUGAGCUGGAAGCGAUACCUUGUGUCAUUAAUGACUUGGUCACUGACUCAAAGGAAAAUGAGUCUGUGUGGUCAGUGGAGUCACUUGUACCAUAUGUUCCCUCCAUUGAUUGGAUGAUCAAGAAUGGACUGAUCGAGGCGGAAGAUGGGGAACAGGAUUCAUCUGAGAAAGGUUCAGACCGUCAUGCUAAUCAAAGCCAGUUGUCAUUUCAUUUUAGUCAGGUUCCGAAGAAGUUGAAUGAGUCUGUGUGGUCAGUGCAGUCUUUAGCCCCUUAUGUCCCCUCCAAAGAGUUGCUGAUGGAGAAUGGAUCAAAAGAACCCCAGACGGUGACUGAGAAGAAAUCAGAAGUUAAUGUCACUCGAGGCCUGGCAGCCAAUCAGGUCAUAGCUAUAACUGAGCGAAGGAGAAGUCAGAGGUUUUCCCUGACUUUAGAAAAUGUGAAAGAGGCUGAGAAAAUGUCUGAUGAGGAUAUUUUUCCAGACCUGCAAUCCUUUUGUUAUAGUCAGGUACCGAAGAAGUUGAAUGAGUCUGUAUGGUCAGUGCAGUCUUUAGCUUCCUAUGUACCCUCAAGAGAGUGGUUGAUUCAGAAUGGGAUUCUGGAUCCGGAGCAGGUGACUGACAAAGAAUCUGACUGUAAUGUCAGUCAAGGCCUCACAGCCAGUCAAGUACUGGCAAUAACAGAGAGGAGAACUCAACGUUUGUCCCUAUCAUCUGUAGACUCUGUUGGCUCUAAUGGUCCAUCUUCCAGCUGGCUGGCCGAUUUAGGGAAUGUGUACUACUAUGGCAAUCUGCCGCUAUGCUCUCAGGAGACUGGGAAUAUUUUCAGCACACCUGUUAAUAAACUUACCCCAUCAGCCCGGCCAACCAUGAACUCUGAAGCUCUGCCCUGCAGCAAAGCUAAGAGAAAGCUUCAACACGACAUAGACAUUGAGCCUGUAGAGGAAAAGUUGGAUGUUUCCCCAUCUCUGCUCUCAGGUGAGAGCACAUUAAUCCCCCCUGUUGAAGGGUCAAUGAAGAGCACUCGAGGGUCACCGUUACACGAGGUUCAAUGCAACCCAAAUCGAAAGGGUGUGGAUGUUACAGAGUGCACGCCCCAGAACUCUCCAGAGGACCCUGAAACGCAUGCGUCUGAAUGCGUGGCAGGAGACCAAGAGACUGCCUGCGGUUGUCCAGAUCCCUUCAACCAGGAAAAAGAGGCUGAGAAAGAACCUGUUAAAAAGACUGAUCCUGUCGUGCCCAGUCGGCAGGACUGCAAGCAGAUAGCGGAUGUUCGGAUGCUAAUGGAUCCCUCUUCAAAUGGUAACUUCAAGAUAUCUGGUCUGAUGUGCUCUAAGCAGAGGAACUGCUUUGGCGAAGAGCCGAUUCUUGACGUGUUGAGUUUCACGAAGAGUCCCACAGGCAAAACUCCUGAAGGAAAUCUGACUGAGAUGGCCCUUGAUCUCAAGCAUCAGGAGCAGCAGCGUCGCAUUACACAUCAGAAACGACCAACUAACUCCAGAAGGGAUGGUAAGGGCAGGCCUAAUUGUGAAUCUUGUGACAAUGGAUAUGGUCUGAACUAUCCGAAGAAACGGAGGCAAUGGCAAAAUAGACCAUUGAGAACACAGGCACAGGCUAACCCAUCAAACAACCCCUUUGGACAGGGGAAUGAUGAAGAACUCUGGAAUGGGUAUGACAGAUCUGGUAAAACAAGAGGAGCAAAUGGAAGAAACAAAAGGUACUGACUGACCAGAGACUGUCAAACAAUUUUUUUAACCCCCUAUUUAUAGGCCUACCUAAGACAAUAAAUAAACUUUUUA